UCAGAGUUCGAACUUAAUACCCUGCGGGAUCCCUGUGUCGUAGCUUAUAAGUUCCUGUUGUUGACCUGUGGUAAAAGUUUGGCUCCACUGGACUACUCGAUACAAAAACUGCCUCAUCGACUGAAUUUUACAGAUUUUUUAACUAUCAUUCAGGUAAUCAGAUGUCCUGAUAGAGAUUAACUAAUUUUGUUUAAAUGGAAAAGAAAAGUAACAGGAUAAGAAAGCUUCUCCACCGAGACAGUCUUCCUAUACUGUCAUUUGGUCCCGGUAAAGAUAAUGCUGCUAAAGAAACUAAGGCAAGAAGAAAAUCAGAAGGAACAAUACCUGAACAUGUUAUUGAACGAGAGCCAUCUUGGUACUUGAAAGAAGUAAAAACAAGAGAUGCAGCAGAGGAACUACUCACUAAACAGAGAGUAGGAACGUUCCUUGUUCGUGACAGUGAAACGUCCAAGUUACCUGGAUCCUACACUUUAUCUUUAAGGCACAAGGACAAGUUCAGACAUCAUAAAAUAGAAACUAACCCGAGGAAUAGUAAAUUGGUCAUUAAAGGAUAUGAAAAUCAUCAGUUUGAUGAUCUUGAGAAGUUGGUUGACUUUUUCAUAAACAGUCAAAGAAAAGAUAUUUUCUUGAAGCCAUACGAUCCUAAUGCAGAGUAUCAGGAUAAUGGCAAAGGAAAUAAUGAAGAACAACAAGCUGCUUAUGAAGAAAUGGAUGGGUCUGAAUGUCAAGAUGCGUAUCAGCAAAUGGAAAAUGAUGUAGCAGCAUCAAAAAUGUCAAGGUAUGGCUUUAUCAAGACUCAAGGGCCACCCCCAACCCUCCCCACAAGACCAUCUGAUCAAGGGGGGUAUAUGAACAUAGCUCCAAAAGGUGUCUCUACUCCACCUCCUCCACCCCCUACUAAAACGUACACUCAAAGUUAUGAGAACAUUCCCUCAAGAGAACGAUCUCCUCUCCCACCACCCCCAAGUUCCAAGGAUGCCCCACCCAAACUCCCCCCUAGAGUGCCGGCUAAUACAGGUCCAGGAAGCUAUGAAAAUAUCCCAGGAAGACCACCAAGAAAUUACGAAAACUAUAACACCGAUCGGAAGUAUGAAAAUCACCAACAAACGCAUUCAGCACCUGGACACAGCUAUCAAAACCUUCCUCCAAAAAUUACUCCGAGGAAAGCACACGGCGGCAGAAUGUCUUAUUCAGAUGAGUAAACCUUGCCACCUCGUACUAAGCCGUCCGCGGCUCUUCGUCGAUCCCAAACAGACACCGCAAAUGACUGGCAAAGGAGAGGAUACAACAAGUAAAACAGUACGAAAAGUUAAGCUUCUAGACUAUAUAGAUUUCAAGGUCUUUUCUUACUUUUGCUGUAGUACUAAAGUGAUUUUGCUUGGCCCAAAAAAAAAAAAAAAAAAUAGAGUAGGCAUAAUACAUACUAAUCGUCUAUCACAAAUCCUGGCCUCUGAUUGGCUGAGCUACUAGUGGUCUAAUAGUGAUAGACUUCUGGGCCCGGUGGAUAGCGCUAUCCCAUGGAUAAAUCCUCAUUCAUUGGAUAAAUCGAUGCUGUUAUCCAAUAAAUWUAUCUACUGGAUAAGAUUUAUCCGUCGGAUAGCGCUAUCCACCCUACGUACAACCUGGCCCUAGUGGGUGUCCUAGACUCCUGCGCACGGCAGUCCUUAGUGUCGUUCCCAGAUCCUCACGGGUCCGGGACGAUCUAGGACCGAUACUAAUGAUGGUGAAGGAGAGUACUAGUAGGCCGAGUCAAUAGACCUCUUCGGCUUUGGGUAAUGUUUUCCCAUUUCAGACCAUGUGUCAUUCCCUUGAGAAUAAGAUUCUUUUUUUGAGCUGUAUCCAUAUUCAUGUGUCUUCUUAUGUGCAACCGAGCGCAAAACUUAAACAAAGAAAUGAUACUCUUGGGAAUGACAUGACGUCUGAAAUGGGAAAACAUUACGUCAGAGCCGAAGAGGUCUAUGACCCUUUUGUAAGGGGAGAGGGAAGAGUAAGUUUCGAAGUAAAUUCAUAACGGAGAACGAAUUCUGCUCUAAGAAAUACGGAUUGUAGUUUUUAGGCUUUUGCAGUGUAUUUAUUACUUCGAAGUCAUUUCAUAAUGUUUAGAGCUGUUUAUAAUUAGAUAUCUUUGAACACCCCUUUUUCAAAAUCUGUCACUGAUUGAUGCUUGAUUCACCAUUUUAGUCCAUGUCAUCAUUCCCCUUAAAAAAUAGGCUUCUCAGAGUUACAUACAGUUAUAAACAAAGAAAAUAUGCUAAAGGGGACGACACGUUUCUGAAUAGACCUAUCCCGAAUUCGCUUGACUGGUUCACAAAACAAUGGUUUCAAGUCGAGGUCGAACUUGAUGAAUAAAAGAAUCAAGUUCAGUCUCGACUUCAAACCAUUGUUUUGUGGUCAGUCAAGCGAAUUCGAGAUAGGUCUAUUAGAAAAAAAUAGAAUACUUAAGGACAUUCAUGGGUAUUGUUCGCGCGCAUCCUUUCUACGCAUGAAUUUAGUGAGCGGGCGUUAUCUCGUACCCAGAGCGCUCGUUUCUUCUGGCCUGCGGCGAAGAACGAGUACUUACAUUGAUUAUGUUUCGCUUCCGAAAAAUUGCGAAAAUUGCAAAAAAAAUGGAUUAUGCCAAAGCCUUAGUUUUUCGCCACAAGCCGGAAGAAACGCGUUUUUACCAUAAGAAGGGCGAACUUCCAAGUAUUCUGUCCGCUAAACGAAGUCGGGGACCCCCAUUUUUUAUUUGCUUAUUUUAUUUCUAGUAUGAUAUUCUUUCAUCAUGCAAAAUUUUAAUAAAAUCUGAAGAUGGGAUCUUUUGCCCAUGAACGUCCUUAAGCUAGCUCGAUCUAUUUUUAUUUUAGAAUAGACUUUAUUAGAGCGGUAUUCGAACCGAAGUGGGAAACGAUACCAGCGGUAAAUUGGUGGCCGUUCUGUAGUCGUACCCGUAUCUUACCGUAACCUUAACUACGCGUUUUGAUUGGAUGAAUUACUUGAAGAAUGGAAAUCCCUGUGUACAUGCUGCAAGUCCAGUACCCAUUCUCAUGGGAAGCCAUUUCAAUGUUACGGUAUGUUGUAUCGUGCUGUAAGUCAGAACCGUAUGUUUCCCACUCACGCGAUAACCAUUUUUAUGGGAAGCCAUUUCAAUGUUACGGCAUUUCGUACCGUGUACGUGCUGUAAGUCAGAACCGUUUGUUUCCCACUCACGCGAUAACCUUUUUUUAUGGAAAGCCAUUACAAUGUUACGGCAUUUCAUACCGUGUACGUGCUGUAAGUCAGAACAGUACGUUUCCCACUCAUACCAGAAGCAUGUAAAACCAUUGUUUUUAGUAUGUAUAAAUAUAUAAAUAAAUAAAGGCAUAAACUUUUUAACUCAGUUUUUAGGAAAAAUUAUAGAAUUGUACUUUAAAUAGGAUUUGAAUAUUUUCUCGAGAAUGACAACUUGGUGGUCAUAUUGGAAGAUGAAUAUCUUUUUCUUCAUCCAAUAUGGCUACCGUGACGUCAUCAAUUGCAUCGACAAGAAUAAUAAAUAUCGAUGUGUGUAGUUUAUAGAAUGCAAACAAUUAAUCCGUGAAACACUAAUUACUAAAUAGUACGAAAUAGUGCUAAUUAAACAAUAGAAAAUAAUGGAAUUUGCCUGAAAUUGUGCUAUUUAGUAUUACUAAAGUUUCACGGUUAUAUUGUUUGCACUCUAAUGAAUUAGAAUUCUAAUUAGCUUGAUAAUAUAGAGAAGAACUAAUGCCACGCGUCUGCCCUAUAGAUGGGAUUUUCAAGCCGAGUUGGACGAGUUUCAAGAAUGUCCCUCGGCGGAAGACCUUUUUUGAAGUUUGAAAACUGAGCAAGGUGCAUUCUGGUCUAGCUCGGGUACAAACGACACCAUAUAAGGCAUGAUAGACAAAAGAUGUUUGUACCCAAGUUAGACCGCAAAGGAAAGGUCUAUAGACCAAAUUCAAAACUCGCACCGAUGUGAGGCUUAAGUUGUGAACAAAGGGAUCUGGCGUGACUCAAAGUAAUCUGGCGUGAUUCAAAAGUCACGAAUCACGCCAGAUUCCUUUGUUCACUACUUAAGCCUCACAUCGGUGCGAGUUUUGAAUUUGGUCUAUUCCCCGUCCACUUUAUCGUGAAAUUAAAAAUUUAGAGAUUUUUUAUAUUUUUAUCACUUUAUAAUAUGAUAGCUUUUAAUAGUUAAUCACUCUUUGUAAAAAUAAAUGUAGGAUGGUCAUG